AUUUAGAAAGGUAAGAGCUCCGUUCAUAACAAACGAAUAGGGCAGUAAGCAAUGAAGAGAACCAAAAUACAAAAGCUUUACGAUGCUUGUAAAACUGUCUUUUCUCAAAAGGAGCCUCCAAGUUUCCAACAAAUCCAACGGCUGAAGAGCAUCCAAGAUAUAAUCGAAGCUGUUGAUGUUGGCAUAGAUGAAUUUAGCUUGCAUGGACCAAGCAUCAACGGACUGAUCUGUGGGCAAACAGUCUCUGAAAUUACCUACAUUCACAUUCACGAAUGUGACAGUUUCUCUAUAGGCGUAUUUUGCUUCCCAGCAGGAGGAACUUUUCCCCUUCAUGAUCACCCGGGCAUGACGGUUCUGAGCAAAUUAUUGUACGGAUCCCUUUACAUCAAAGCCUACGAUUGGGUGAAGGUGAAGAAAUCAAGCUGCCGAAUAAAUGGAGUAGCAGGCAGGGUGGUGGAUGGAAUAUUGAAUGCACCUUGUGACCCAUCUGUGCUGUUUCCAAGAAGCGGUGGAAACAUUCAUUCUUUUACUGCGUUGACGCCCUGUGCAAUACUGGAUGUAUUAUCUCCACCAUAUUCAGGCGAAAGGCCUUCCACUUACUUUUCUGACCUUCCUAUUCCCUCUCUCCCUGGUUAUGCAAUACUUGAGGAAAAAGAUCUGCCCCAAGACCUGGUUGUUGCCGGAGCACCGUACCUUGGCCCUCCAGUCGAUGUUGGAGAUGAGGAGGCCAUCAUGUUGACGUGAAUAUAUAUAUAUAUAUAUAGUUCUUUUCAGGAAAUGCUAAGAGGUGGGCUCUUUAAUUAUCCUUAAUGAUGAAUCUUACCAUAACUACAAAGAUUAUAUGCGGUGUGUCUAUGGUGUAAGACUAUUAAGAAAGACGCGUGUUGUACAAAUUUAUUUGGGAUUUUCAGUGAAGGUGAGGCGUAACGCAUCUUUCGCGAAAAUUAUGUAUAUAUAAAUAAUGGGUAUAGUAUAGACUUAUAUAUC